AUGCCAGAACUCGACAGCAGUCUGCUGUCCAAUUGGAAAUGUGUCGCAGCAUGCACCCUGGUCUCAAUGUCAACUUUUCAAUACGGCGUUGACUUUGGCGCCAUCGGUGGACUGCAAGCUAUGCGUGGCUUCCUUGAAGUCUUUGGACAUCCUGAUCCCGCUAGUCCAACUGGCUGGAAUAUCUCGACUGAGCGACAGCAGCUUAUGUCCUCUCUAAUGACUCUGGGCGCCUUCGUUAGCUCAGGAUUUGCAGGAGUUGGGGCGAAGAAAUUAGGAAGACGACACUGUUUGUGGCUAGCCAGUGCGCUUUGCUGUAUCAGUAACAUUGUCAUGAUGACUACGACAAACACGGCAGGAUUGUAUGUUGGCAGACUGUUUAUUGGACUUGCGAAUGGCUGGUACAUGACAUUCUCGCAGUUGUAUAUUCAGGAAUCUGCACCAGCCCAUUAUCGCGGUCUUCUUAUAUCCGUAUAUCAAAUAUGGGUUUCGAUAGGUACCCUCGUAGGCACCGUGGUCGACAACGCAACGCACGAUAUGAACGGUCGCAAAUCGUACCUCAUCCCAUUAGGGGUGAUAUUCAUCGUCCCAUUCCUCAUGUCCGUUGGUUUGUUCUUCAUCCCCGAAUCCCCACGUUGGCUCGUUCUGGUCGGGAAGAAUGAACAAGCUGAGAAAUCGCUGCUUUGGAUGCGUCCGAAUCCAGCGAAUGUACACAUCGAAGUUGUCGAGAUGAAGGCAGCCAUCGAUGCCGAGAAAGCUGUCAAUGCUAGUGCAAGUUUCAUGGAUAUCUGGAGGAACCCAGUCGACCGUCGACGCACACUGCUAUCUAUUGCCGCAGUGUCGACUCAAGCUGCAUCUGGUGCCAUGUUUGUAAUUGCGUAUGGCACAUACUUCUUCCAGAUGGCAAACGUCGGCAGCCCAUUCAUGAACACGUGUAUCUUAAUUGCUGUCGGUAUCGUUGCGGUAACGGUCAAUAGCUGUAUCAUCUCCAAAGUUGGACGGCGGCGCGUUUUCCUUAUGACCGGUCUAUCGAUUUGUGGUAUCACCCAGAUGAUCAUUGCAGCUGUUUACCAUGUUAAUCCUCGCACUACUCGCACGGGAAAGAUAAUUGUUGGAGUUUCGGUGGUUUACAUUUGCGGAUACAACGGCAUGAUUGCGGCUUAUUCGUGGCUUGCUGGCGGAGAAAUCCCAUCACAGCGGUUACGGUCAUAUACCUUCGGCGUUGCAUCUGCCGUUGCCUUUGCCGCUGCUUGGCUCACCACUUUUACAGCACCCUAUUUUAUCAAUCCUGAGUCUCUCAAUUGGGGACCAGAAUAUGGUUGGAUCUGGGGACCAUCCUGCUUUAUCACAGUCGUAUGGGUCUACUUCUAUCUACCAGAGAUCAAGGACCGCACACUUGAAGAGGUCGAUGAGAUGUUUGAAGCGAGACUUCCAGCACGCAAGUUCAGAAAGUAUGUAUGUGUUGGUCAUUAUGUACAAGGUAGAGAUGAGAAGAUCGAACGGAGUGACAGCGAGAAGAACGAAGCUGUACAUCAGGAAGUUGUUAGCGUGGGGAAGCGUGACUAG